UCUCGUGCGCUGCAGUUCGGUUGACACGCAGCACAUCUCUGCGGGUGUGUGCUGGGGCGCGCGCGGAUUUUACAUGAACACAAUUUUUAUCAAAUAAAACAACACUCAUAAACACACACAGAUACACACGCUCGCGCGCUGCAGAGCCGAAAUGGAGUCGUAUGAUAUUAUCGCUAACCAGCCGGUGGUCAUCGAUAAUGGUUCUGGUGUGAUUAAAGCCGGGUUCGCUGGAGAUCAGAUUCCUAAAUACUGCUUUCCUAAUUAUGUCGGUCGGCCCAAACAUGUGCGUGUGAUGGCCGGAGCGCUGGAGGGGGAUCUGUUCAUCGGGCCCAAAGCUGAGGAACACAGGGGUUUGUUAUCAGUUCGGUACCCAAUGGAACAUGGCAUUGUUAAAGACUGGAAUGACAUGGAGAGGAUCUGGCAGUACGUUUACUCUAAAGAACAGCUGCAGACCUUCAGUGAGGAGCACCCUGUAUUAUUGACUGAAGCUCCUCUGAACCCAAGUAAAAACCGCGAGCGUGCAGCUGAGGUCUUCUUUGAAACCUUCAAUGUUCCGGCACUUUUCAUCUCCAUGCAGGCCGUGCUCAGUCUGUAUGCGACGGGCAGGACGACAGGUGUGGUGUUGGAUGCGGGGGAUGGUGUGACCCACGCCGUGCCGAUCUACGAGGGUUUCGCAAUCCCACACUCCAUCAUGCGUGUGGACAUUGCGGGCCGGGACGUGUCCCGAUUCCUCCGCCUGCUCCUGAGGAAGGAGGGGUACGACUUUCACACCUCUGCUGAGUUUGAGGUCGUGCGCACUAUCAAGGAGAGGGCGUGUUAUUUGUCCUUGAAUCCUCAGAAAGAUGAGACUCUGGAGACAGAGAAGGCUCAGUACACACUACCGGACGGGAGCACACUUGAUAUUGGGCCAGCGAGAUUCCGGGCCCCGGAGCUGUUGUUCCGACCUGACCUGAUUGGAGACGAGAGUGAGGGAAUCCAUGAGGUUCUCGCCUUUGCCAUACAGAAAUCAGACCUGGACCUCCGGCGUACUUUGUUCUCCAACAUCGUCCUAAGUGGCGGCUCCACGCUGCUCAAAGGGUUUGGAGACAGAUUACUGAGUGAAGUGAAGAAGCUCGCUCCCAAAGACGUCAAAAUAAAGAUCUCAGCACCACAGGAGAGACUUUACUCUACAUGGAUUGGUGGCUCUAUCCUGGCUUCGUUGGACACCUUUAAGAAGAUGUGGGUUUCUAAGAAAGAGUAUGAAGAGGAUCGAGCACGUGCCAUUCACAGGAAGACCUUCUAAUAAGCCCCUCCCACUGCUUCACCCAUGCCCCGCCCCCUCCCAGCUAUGACACUGCGGCUGAUUGGGAGUGUCUGUGCAGUUCUGAUCUCUCUCUUUCUCUCAAACACACACACACACACACACACACACAUUUACUACAGUGUUGUAAUGGUUUUGUCCUUCAGCUUGUCUGUGUGUUCCAGUCUAAAAUUAAGGGUUUUUUCUUGUUUCUGUAAGUGUGUGUGUGUGUGUGAGAGAGAGAGAGAGAGUGCUUGUGUGAGAGUUGUUAUUGCCACUCCAGGAAUGAUGUUGGUCAGCUCUAGGCCACGCCCCCAUGUUAUUAGUCAGGAAGUGAAGGCAUGCUGGUAAACAUGUCCACACACACACACACACACACACACACACACACACACACACACCCAGAAACCCGCUCAGUGGUUAGUUUAGAAACUUGGACUCUCUCAUUUAAAUAUUAAUUUUACUUUGUGUGUGUGUGUGUGUGUGUGUGUGUGUGUGUGUGUGUCAAGGGUUCGUGGUUUGCAGAAAGCCCUUAAUGCUUUCUGUAGAGAGCUUGUUGAAGUAGUGAGAUGUCAUAUCCUGUGGGUGGGGUAUGCAGUAUCCAGUGUGGCAUGGUUUUGUCUGUUCCCCCUCUUCAGUUGUCUGUUAUGUAACUGGGAGUGGGUGUGUCUUUAACAUAUUGGGUAGCCAUGACAGCAACAACUAUGAGUUCUUUAUGCUUUGUGAUCAUAUUGUACCUUUGGUCACUCGACUGAUAUCACCAUGGAAACAGCUCCAAACUUCACCACUGACUCCCGCUACAACAUUUUUUUUUGUUUUUUUCUGCUUGUUUUAAUUUAUUUUGAUUUUGCUAUGGAAACUUUAUAGCAUUAGCAAUAUAGCCAGUCAGUUUAUUGUAGUCACGAGUAAAACACGUGAUAUUAAACCCUUCAGACCCCUCACCUAAAUUCUGAUCACAUUCCACUGUGUGUGUGUGUGUGUGUGUGUGUGUGUGUGUGUGGUGAUAGAGCAGGUUUAAUGAUUCUGGAUUAAAAGACAGAGUUUGACAGUUAGUCAAAGUCAGAGUAGUGCAGUGUGUCAUUAUUAAAUCAUCUCAAUAUUUCAUUACAUUUGCUUUUUACACACACACACGCACACAUAUAUAUGAUUCAGUGGAUAAUAAAUCAGAAAAUGUGGCCAGAGAUUUGUUUCAUAAGAAAUAAAAACUGAAAUGUGUUUAAAUUAAAAUUUUCUUCUUUACAUACAGAAGCUCUGCACAUGAACUCUCUUUACUGCUUAUGUAUAAAUUAUAAAUAAAUUAAUUAAAAACUUCA